AUGUCCGAAGCUGUCCCCCAAACCUCCACCAACGGAACCACGACCAACGGAACCACGACCAACGGAACCACGACCGCCUCGACGUCCACCGCAACGUCAUCGACUAAACCUUCGCUGACAGCGACGCAAAAGUUUGCUGCGGCCGACGAGCAGUACGCCGCGCGCCUCUCGGGCCUGUCGCAGGGGGAGCGGUCGCUCCUCGGUCUACCGUACCUCUGCACCGACGCGCAACUCACCGUGCAGCGUCUACGUGCCAGACAGCUCGAGUACGACUACAACCAUUCCCGUCCCGGUCCCUCGCCACCUACGCCCUCCCGGUGCGGCACCCUCGAGACGGAUCCGACCCUCAACGACGUAUCCAACGCCCAGCGCACCGCCAUACUCUCGGACCUCUUCCACCUCGACCCGCAACAGGCCAAACGCAUCUUCAUCGAACCCCCGCUCCACGUCGAUUUUGGCUUCAACGUCGCAUUCAAGGGCGACUUUUACGCAAACGCCGGCCUCGUCAUCCUCGACGUCGCCCCCGUCUCAAUCGGCCACGGCGUCCUCUUUGGCCCCGCCGUACACAUCUACGCCGCCACCCACAGCGUCAGCGUCACGGAGCGCGCCAGCGGCUACGAACGCGCCCUCCCCGUGGCCAUCGGCGACGACUGCUGGAUCGGCGGCAACGUCUGCAUCAUGGCCGGUGUCACCAUCGGCCGAGGCUGCACCAUCGGCGCCGGCAGCGUCGUCACCAGAGACAUCCCCGACUGGAGCGUGGCCGUCGGCAAUCCGGCGCGCGUGGUAAAGACGCUCACCGAAGACGAGCGCGGCCUCAAGCUCGAGGGCAAGUCAGGCGCGGUGCCCUUCUGA